GAUAUACAUAAGCAAUAGUCAAUGUCUUUGUAUUGAGGGCAUUAACACACACUAGAAUUUUCAGAGAUGAGUAGUUUUGCAAACAAAAAACCACAUGCUGUGUUGAUUCCAUAUCCAGUUCAAGGCCAUAUCAAUCCAUUAUUCAAACUAGCAAAGCUUCUUCACCUUAGAGGCUUUCACAUAACCUUUGUCAACACUGAAUACAAUCAUAAACGCUUGCUCAAAUCAAGAGGUCCUAAUGCUCUUGAUGGUUUCGCUGAUUUUUGCUUCGAGACUAUUCCCGAUGGUUUAACUCCAGUGGAAGAUGAUGAUGGUAAUGUUAGUCAAGACAUACUCUCUCUUUGUAAAUCAAUCAGAAAAAACUUCCUUCACUUCUUUCGCGAACUUCUUGCUAGACUUGACGAGUCUGCCAAUUCUGGUCUUAUCCCUCCAGUAACUAGCUUAGUUUCUGAUUGUUACAUGUCAUUUACCAUACAAGCUGCUGAAGAAUAUGCACUCCCAAUCCUUCUUUAUUCGCCAGGUAGUGCAUGCUCCUUCUUGUCUGUUUCGCACUUUCGCACACUGAUUGACAAAGGUCUAAUACCACUCAAAGAUGAUAGUUAUUUGACAAGUGGAUAUUUGGACAACAAAGUAGAUUGUAUUCCGGGUAUGAAAAACUUUCGACUAAAGGACCUUCCUGACUUUAUAAGAACAAAAGAUCUGAAUGAUUUUAUGGUAGAAUUUUUCAUUGAAGCAGCAGAUCAAUUUCACAGAGCUUCUGCAAUUGUUUUUAACACUUAUAAUGAACUUGAGAGUGAUGUACUGAAUGCGCUCCACUCUAUGUUCCCAUCAUUAUACAGUAUCGGACCAUUACCUUCAUUAUUAAGUCAAACUCCACAUAAUCACUUGGAAUCUUUAGGUUCCAAUCUUUGGAAAGAAGAUACCAAGUGUCUUGAAUGGCUCGAAUCCAAGGAACCUGAGUCUGUUGUUUAUGUGAAUUUCGGCAGCAUUACAGUUAUGACUCCAAAUCAACUGUUAGAAUUUGCUUGGGGUUUGGCCGAUAGCAAGAAACCGUUUUUGUGGAUCAUUAGGCCUGAUCUUGUCAUUGGCGGCUCGUUUAUUUUGUCAUCAGAAUUUGAGAAUGAAAUUUCAGAUAGAGGCCUAAUCACAAGCUGGUGUCCACAAGAGCAAGUACUGAUCCACCCUUCAAUUGGUGGAUUCUUGACUCAUUGUGGAUGGAAUUCAACCACUGAAAGCAUAUGCGCUGGAGUACCAAUGCUUUGUUGGCCAUUCUUUGGUGAUCAGCCAACAAACUGUAGAUUUAUUUGCAACGAAUGGGAGAUUGGACUUGAAAUCGAUAUGGAUGUGAAGAGAGAUGAGGUGGAGAAGCUAGUCAAUGAAUUGACGGUGGGAGAGAAAGGAAAGAAGAUGAGGCAAAAGGCCGUGGAGUUAAAGAAGAAGGCAGAGGAGAACACUAGACCAGGUGGUCGUUCAUACAUGAACCUGGACAAAGUUAUUAAGGAGGUUUUGCUUAAACAAUGUUAACUUAAAAUGUGGUUGUGUAUUCAUCGAUAUCCUCUUGAUUUUGUUUGACAGUCAAUCAAAUAUGAUACAUUUAGUUAUUUGAGUUGACCAAUAUAAGCAAUGACACAUAUAAUUGUAUGAAUAA